AGUUGUCAAAUAAAAUCUAAUUGUUUACCAAAAUACCAAAUAAAACUUUAAUUAAAUCAAUAAAAUUCCGAUUUUUUAAAGAUAAUAAUUGAGAUAUUCAUUUAAAAGUGGUUUUCGACACAGAAUUUACAACAUUAUAAAGGAAUGGCUGGAGAUGGCACAGGCGGCACCGCCGGCAGUCACGUAGCGCUGGUGACAGGCGGCUACGACCACACCAUCAAGUUAUGGCAGGCGCACAGUGGCGUAUGUCUGAGGACAAUGCAACAUCCUGAUUCGCAAGUGAAUGCCCUGGAUAUCACUCCUGAUGGUCAGAUGGUGGCGGCGUGUGGCUACCAGCACAUCCGGAUGUACGACCUGGCGAGUGCCAACCCCGACCCGGUGCUGAUAUUUGAUAGCCAAGAUGGGGUGGCCAAGAAUGUCACCCGAGUUGGGUUUCAGGAGCAAGGUAACUGGAUGUACACAGGGGGUGAGGACUGCUCUGCCAGGAUUUGGGACUUGAGGGCGCGCCAGCCGCAGUGCCAGCGCAUCUUCCAAGUGCCGGCGCCCGUGAACGCCGUGUGCCUGCACCCCGACCAGACGACGAUCAUGGUGGGCGACCAGAGCGGCAUCAUCCACCUGUGGGACCUCCGGACCGACCAGAACGACCAGCUGAUACCGGAAGCGGAAGCGUCGAUCCAGGACAUCGCGAUCGACCCGGAAGGCAAACUCAUGGCGGCGGUGAACAACAAGGGCAACUGCUACGUGUGGACGCUGGCCGGCGACGCCAAGCCCGUGCCGCGCAAGCACAUCCAGGCGCACAAGAAGUAUGCGCUUAGGUGCAAGUUUAGCCCGGAUUCUAGUAUGCUGGUGACGACGUCGGGCGACUGCUCGGCGCGCGUGUGGCGCUGCGCGGACGGGGGGCUGCGGCGGGAGCUGCGCCACGACGUGCAGCGCUGGGUGUGGGACGCCGCCUUUAGUGCUGACUCUACUUAUCUGUUCACUGGUUCGUCGGACUGCUACGCGCGCCUCUGGCACGUGGAGUCGGGCACGCUGGAGCGCGAGUACUGCGGCCACCAGAAGCCCAUCACGGCGCUCGCCUUCCGCGACCAGGUCUUGUAGGCGCCGGGAGUAGGAGCCCUGGUUCACUGUACAUUUAUGUUUAUGCCUAGUUUCACCAUAGUCUUUUUAGAUCAUUAAUACCCCUAUUACAUUGCAGCAUUGUAUUGUUAUCAAUUAUACGUCAUCUCCUCAUUCAAUUACUGACAAAUAUGUCGAAAGUCAACAACUAAUACCUUGUUAUGAUCUAACAGAGUAUACUGAAACUGGGGCGUAACCUAUAUCUUGUUCGUUGGUGACUAAGGUCACCUUAUAAGGGCCAGCUGAAAACCAGCACUGUGGCCUUAUUGUCUACAGCACACGCUGAGACACCGUGUGUUGAAAACGUGUAAUAUAUUUAUAUCUACUUUUAUGUGACCAGUGUAAUUGCGUACAGUUGAGUUAAGAGUGGUUGCAAUGGACUUCGAACUCUAUCGGUUUAAAGUGCUUCCCUACGUACAAAUAGCAGUAUAUGAUAUGCCUCAUGUUCGUAAUUUGCACCUUAUCUGAGUAAUUAUUAACAAUAAACUGCCGUUAUUGUUCAAUUAAGGGUUCAUUGUACAAGUAAUAGUUUAGGUUUCGAAAGAUUAGUACGAAAGAGUUGUGUUUGAUCGCCGGAAAAAUCGUAAUAUUUUUCCGAUGAGUUUGAGAAAGGAAGUUUCUGCAUUUGAGUCUUAUUUGCAUUUUUAUAAAUACUGUAAAUAGUCAUGUACAUAUUGUAUUUAAGUGAAAUAAACUUAUAGCUUUAUUACUUUA